UUGGCGACGUGUGGCAUGGAGCGAGGCUGGGCGUCGGGCGAGCGUCUGCGCGGAGGUGAGUGCCGUGCUGUGUGUGGGACCGUCGCGCCGAGCUCGUGUUUCUCGCUCCUUUCACACCCUCAACGUCGCUGUCAUCUCGCUGUCAUGGAUCCCGCAUUCGAAGGAGCUGGUUCUGAAGAAGGCACGCAGAUCUGGAGGAUUGAGAACUUUGAGGUUGUACCAUACCCAAAGGAGAAGUAUGGACAGUUCUACCAAGGAGAUGCAUACAUUGUCCUCCAUACCAUUGAUAUCAAAGGGACUAAGAAGUGGGACCUGCAUUUCUGGCUUGGAUCCCAAUGUUCUCAGGAUGAGGCAGGAGCAGCUGCCAUCAAGACGGUAGAGCUCGAUGACCAGCUCGGAGGCGUUCCAGUCCAACACCGAGAGGUGGAAGGGCACGAGUCUUCCCUAUUCCUUGCCUGGUUCAAGAAGGGCGUUAGAUACCUGAAAGGAGGUGUUGCAUCAGGCUUCCAUCAUGUUGACCCCGAUGAGCCAUACCCAGCCCGCCUCUUCCACGUUAAGGGCCGUAGAAAUAUCCGCAUCAGACAGGUUGAAGUUGGUGUUGGGUCAAUGAACAAGGGUGACUGCUUCAUCCUUGACUGCCGCUCUGAGGUGUACGUGUACAUGGGUUCGGCAAGCAGGAGGAUGGAGAGAAUGAAGGCCAUUAUGGCUGGCAAUGCCAUUAGGGACGAUGACCAUGCUGGCAAAUCAAAGGUUAUUGUUAUCGAUGAAAGUGCAUCAUCAAGUGAGGUUGAAGCAUUCUUCGAGGCUCUUGGUGGUGGCUCCCCAGAUGACAUUGCUGAUGAGGAUGCUGCAAUGGACGAUGCUGCUUUCGAACGCUCGGAGAAUAAUGUGAUAACACUGCACCGCGUGUUUGAAGAUGAUGACAACAUCAUCCAGACCAAUCUCAUUGGAGAAAAGCCCCUUCUUCAGAGCAUGUUGGACUCUGGGGAAAACCAGCAGGACUGCUUCAUUCUGGAUACAGGCGUCAGUGUCUAUGUCUGGAUUGGCAGUGGAUCCAGCAAGAAGGAGAAGGUCAAGAGCAUGGAGAUGGCUGCUGGAUAUAUGGAACAGAAGGGCUAUCCAAAGUGGAUGAGUGUGCAGCGUGUUGUUGAGAAGGCUGAGCCUGCAGUUUUCAAGUCCUACUUCAAGAUGUGGAAGGAGCCAGAGGAAACAGUUGGUCUUGGCCGUGUCUUCACCCAGCGACAGAUCUCAACUGUUUCUGUACCUGAAGUUGACUUUGAUGUCAGCAGCCUUCAUUCUGAGAAACGUCGCUUGCUGAGGAAGAACGCUGGCCCAGCCUUUGGCUUUAUGCCAGAUGACGGUUCAGGCAAGAUUGAGAUUUGGCGAGUGGAGGACUUUGAGCUGCAGCCUGUUGAUGAAGGAACUCAUGGCUUCUUCUUUGGUGGCGAUUCCUAUGUCAUCAAAUAUACAUAUGAAAUUAAUGGACAAGAAAAAUACAUCAUCUAUUUCUGGCAGGGCGUUGCUAGCAGCCAGGACGAGAAGGCUUCCUCAGCAAUCCAUGCCGUCCGACUUGACAAUGAACUUAAUGGAAAGGCUGUCCAAGUACGUGUUGUUCAAGGCUAUGAACCUGCUCACUUCCUGAGGAUGUUCAAGGGCCGUAUGGUGGUAUUCCUUGGUGGAAAGGCUUCUGGAUUUAAGAAUGUACAUGACCAUGACACAUAUGAUGCCGAUGGAACCCGCCUGUUUAGGGUGAGGGGAACCUGUGACUUCGAUACAAGAGCUAUUCAGAUGCCUGAAGAGGCCUCAUCUCUUAAUGGCGAUGAUGUCUUUGUCCUGGAGACACCAGGUGCUACCUACCUUUGGAUUGGUCAGGGAGCCAGUGAAGAAGAGAAGACCAUGGGGGCUCGUGUGGCAGAGUUGGUGUCUCCUGGACGUGAUGUACAGGGAAUGGCUGAAGGCAGUGAAGAUGAUGGCUUCUGGAGUGCUCUUGGAGGCCAGGCAGACUACCAGAAGGCUCGUGACCUUGACAAGCCACUCCUGUACCCUCGCCUCUUCCACUGCACCAUUUCUCCUGCUGGCUGCUUGAGGGUCAAUGAAGUUUCCAACUUUGGCCAGGAGGAUCUCAAUGAAGAUGAUGUCAUGGUCCUUGAUUCUGGUGAUGAAGUGUACGUGUGGAUCGGAAGGGGCUCAGAUGACCAGGAGAAAGAAAAGGCAUUUGAGAUGGCUGAGACGUACAUCAAGACGGACCCGACAGAGAGAACCUUGGCUUCGACAGUGCUCCUCCGCUUGAACCAAGGAGAAGAACCAGCUGCCUUCACCAGCAUUUUCCCAGCAUGGAACCCGGACAUGUGGCAGCACCUCAACAGAGCUGAGAAGGAGUUUCAUAAGAGGUCACAAAAAACGUCUCAAAAGUCUUCUAGCUGGUGCUGUUGCCAAUGAGUAAGAAGAAAUGGUUUCCUACGAUGAUAUGAAGGCACAGCUGGCUGAAAUGAAUGCAGCAGUAGAGUAAUAAACUAAAUGGGGUGUCUUCUUCAGAAGAAAGUAUUAUUUGAAUGGCCAAAACACAAAAGAGGCUUUUACUUGCAAAUCUAAUUGGUUUUCACUCUUAUCUAUAUUAGCAGCUUGAGUAUAAUGUAAUUAUUUUUAGUAUUUGCCUAUACUUUUCAUGUGCACUAAUUCAUAGUUAUCUAUUGUGAUUUUUAAGUGCACAUAGGUCAAAAGCACAAAAAAGAAAAGAGUGAAAUGCUUUAAUUUUUUUUUCUUUCUUUCUUUUUUUUCUUUUUUUUAGAAACUGAUCUACAACAAUAAUAAUUAUUUAAGAUGAGAACAGUAAAAAACAAAAACAAAAAACCCCUAAAAAAUGGUGCUUAUGCUUUAUGCUAAGUAGAAAUUGGAGGAUCUCUAAAAGGUUGAAUUGCUAGUGCCUUAAGUGACGGGUCAUGCUGUUUUGUAAGUGGGCCUGGCUUAGUCCAGUACAGAAACACGUUGGAAAUCCUCAUCAGUGAAAUGUAGUUUAUAGAUUUUUUUUCAUGAUUUUCUAGGCUUUGGAUAGCAGAUCAAGAAUAUUUUUAUUAUACAUUUGAAUAAUUGUUAUGAAGAUAUUUAUCCCAGUUUUAGACUAUUUGGGAGUUUCACAGAGAAGAUAUCAAUGAAAACAUGCUUUAAAGGUUAUGCUUAAUAGUAGAGAAUUAGGCUUCCAGUAUGAUAAACAGAGCAUUUAUGUAGAAUGUACUUUUCAACAAAUUAAAUAUUGAUUUCUCAAAUUCUUUUUUUGAUUUGUAAGAGCAUUUAUUUAGCAGACUUGGUGCUUUAUCCCCAGAGCAUUUAAGCUAAAAUUAAAUUACUGUAUUCUGUUUCCUACUUUUCCUGGGAUUUACAACUUGGUACUUAAUCUUCCUAGUCAACUGAGUAUUGUCUCUUACUAUAAUUCUAUUUCUAUUAUUUGCACAAAAUAAAAGAAUCAAAAUCCA